AUGUAUACUGCAGAGUGCCAGUUUGAUGUUCCUCCUGAUGGUGUGCUCAGGGGCCAUGCAUAUGUUGCAACUCUUGAAGCACGAAUCCAGAGUCUAGAAAGGCAAUUACGCGCAAAGAACUCGGUUCAAUCGACUUUGACCCCAGGCACAACUUGUUCAGACCCCAAUGAUCAUGAGGGAGACGCGCCUGCUCUGAGUUUCUUUAACCAGGGGACUGAAGAAUCCAUCAACGGAGCCCGUCAGGAUGAACCACUAUUAUCACAGGCAAAUUUGCAUCAGGAAAAUAAUUCCCGAGAAACUGCAUCUUGUCAUGGUUCAACACCACAACGACAAUUAACAGGGGCCCUUAUGGGGCCCACACAUGGGAGGAAAGCAUUGAGCUCUGAAAUUACAGCCUUGGAAAUGCUCCAGGGCAGGCCAUUUAUCUCUGACAUCGAAGGAGACGAUCUCCCUACCCUUCCGCCUAGCAACCAAGCGAGGCAGCUUGUGGAUACAGCUUACUUCUACACCCAAGCACGUUAUUGUAUAACCGACUGGGUUCAGCUACGUGAAUGGCACCGAGAUCGCGAGGCCAUUGCAUACACAUCUACCCAAGGCCCAGUCGAAUCACAAACAGGUAAAUUUUACUUUAUGCAACCGGAGCGAUCGAACACAGCUGAUUCUCAGCCAGGGGCCUUUUUCAUUUGGAUAAUCUACGGCAUUGGGGCCCGUUUGGUUCAGACCCCCGAGAAUUCAUCAGAGGCAUAUUUCGCUCGCGCUCGACUUUACCUCCCUGCUGUGAUGGGGUUACAAAACUUGACUACAGUGCAGGCUCUUCUUAGUCUUGUACAGUAUUACUUCCGAGCGCCAACCGAAUCUCCAAUAUGGGAUAUCGUAGGAGCUGCCUUGCGGCUGUGUGUCAGGCGGAGAUACCAUCGCAAGACUACGAGCUCUCCCAAUGCCAAAGGCCUAGAUCCAUACACAAUUGAGCUUCAGAAACGGUUUUUCUGGUGUGCAUAUUGUUUUGAUCGAUGUCUCGCGAUUUUAACCAAACUCCCUUUCGGAAUUAGCGAUUCAGACAUCGACGUGGAGAUACCCGUUGAUAUCGACGAUACUUGUACAGAUCAGGAGAAGAUUCUUGACCUUCAAAUGAGGCAGGCUGCUGGAGAUACGAUUUAUGGAAAGGGGACGAUUACAACGAUGACUGCGGCUUUACAUCAUUUACAAUCAUACAGGAUCAGAUCGAGGAUAUUAACAAAUUUCACUGGGCCGCAUGCUCAAGUCCCUUCGUUGACCGAGGUGGAAGAGCUUCUCUCUGAACUGGGACAAUGGAGACAACAAGCACCCCAAAAACAAGAUUCGAGAACCUUCCCCCUCCAAAACCCCGACCGAGUCCAAACAACAUACCUCCAGGCGGCUUCCCUCUUGAUUCGGCCCAUUUUGACGGGCAAUGCAGUGGAUCCCGAUGUAAUCCGGCUGUGUGUUGAGUUCGCGGCCGAGGCAUGUGAAAGUGCAAAAGCCGUGAGCCUAAAUCCACAAACACUCCCAGAACGUAUCAGCGUGUACCAUUGUUUCUAUUGCGGCAUUGCACUCUUGCAAUGUUUGACAAUCAAGCCGACGGCGUUAAGCCCGAGACGCUCCCACCAAGCAAUCAGCGCAUGCUUGAGUGCAUUAGCCGUCUACACGCGAGUCUUGCCUUCGGUUGCACCGUUUCUUCAGCUCUUCGAGGAUGUAUCCAAUCUUUUUGUCCGCAAUGACCAUGGGUCCGAAAUCCACCCCACUUCGAAAGUGCGUCAUGUGUUGAACAGGAUCGUGUCCAGUGAUCCAUCCGAGGUAUCAGGAAUUUUGCAAUCUUUGUCUCAUCAAGACAGCCAGCAGGUUACGUCGGCGCCAACUCCCGAGCCUUUGGAAAUGGAACCAACGACAAUUCAAUACGAUUCUAUCCUGGGUGGCCAGUCUUCGGUGGUGCUUGGCGCCGGGGAUUCGAUGUUCCCACUCGGGAUGCCUCUGGACAUCUCCCCCUUGUAUGCACCCGACACGGACCUAACGGGUCUGUGGACAGGGUCAUGGUUGGACCCGUCAUCAACAGAAUUUUCCCAAAUAUCCGCUGGAGACAUGAUGGAAUGA